AUGGCUGAUAAGCAGCGAUAUCCUUAUGAUCAAGAACAUUGGUGGCGUGACUUUUUGCCUAAUCAAGUACACAGACCAUUCGAUAUCUUAUCUUCUUUACCAAAACAGCAACCACAACUAAUAGCAACAAAACCAGAAAAGAAGAAGAAGAAGAAGAAAAGUCGCGGCAAUCGAGCCGAACGAAAUUUUCAGCGAAGAUUGCGCAAUCCAAAUUUGGAUGAUGAAACCAGGGUAUUCUUAAUACAAGCAAGAGCAGAAAGAAAACGAGAACAAGAAAAACAGCAAAGUAUUCCUAAUACUACAAUAGAAGUAAACAAAAUUAAUCAUCAAAUCAGCCAAAUGACAGAGGAUACACAAAUAAUGGAGGUUCCAUUCGAUGAGAUCAUUCCUAAGUCUAAUCGAAAGAAACGCAAACGUUAUACAUCAACUAAAAUUGGCAGAUAUCUCAGUCAAUCUUUCAGUCGAUUGUCGAUUUCACAAGAAUGUUCCAAAAAACAGAAGAUUAAAAAUAUUCAAACCAACAAUAUUGCACUACAAAUGAUCGACGAUCGGAAUGAUCAAACAAAAUUAUCAGUCCAAAUGUUCAAGUCUACUUUUGUACCUCAAUAUUUAACAGUAUCCGAUCGGAAAUUUAAAGAUAUAUUAUCAAAAGCAGUCCCUGAUGGCCAUAAAAUUUAUGAAUGGUUAGAUAGUGCCGAAAAGUUAAAAUCAACACGUCAAUUAGCUCAUACCUUUAAUAUGAUGUAUUAUUUUAAAUUACAACAAGAAUUAUGGAAAGAUUAUUUCGAUCUGGGUAUGACUGAGGGUAUUUGGGCUCCACGAAUACUGAAAUCGGCAGCAAAACAACAUUAUACUUGUGUAUCAUAUGGUCGAUCCGAGAAGUUUGUCGAACAACGUCAAAAAACUAUUCAACAUCAAAUAAAUCGAACAAAUCGUGAACUACAACAACAAUUGAUUUAUCUACCAGAAUGGACUGAAAAUGUUCAGCCAUCCAUCGAUUCAAAAUUUCUCUCAACAGCUGUUGAAGCAAUGGUUAAACAUGGUCAAUAUCGUUUAAAUAUGGAAUUCAAACAUAAACGUGCAAUGUUAAAAUUGGAUGCUGAUGAUCAUCGUUUCAUUUCAGCCGUAUAUGCAUUCGAACCGACAGAAGAACAGAUUGUACUGAUCAAAAUGUAUAGGCAAGCUAUAGCUAAUGAACAGAAAGCACUGGAAGAAGUGGAAAUUCUUCGAAAACGAGUGUCAUUAAGACGACUUCCUCAAUCAUUUGAUAAAAUUCUUAAUGAAUCCAUUGCUCCUAUUCAAACAAUGCUUUCACGUGCUAUUCUACAUAAAGAUCGACGUGCUAGUAUGGCAUCACGUUGUUCUAAAACAAUUACACAAUAUAAAUUUGAUUUGAUGGCUAUGACGAUUGCUAUAGCUCAAGAUACAGCUCGUGGUUAUACUCAAUUAGCAAUCGAUACGAAAAAUAAAUUACACCAACUAGAUAAUAAUUCACUACGAACAGCUACUGAACAACUCAUCCAAGCGAUAGAAAUUCGUGGAGAAAAUAUGAAAAAACGUGCUCAAGAAUUAUUUCAAUAUAAAAUAAUAUCUUUUUUUCGAACAGGCUCCGGCAGUAGACAACGGCAAAGGCAACGUAUCCGCCGGAGCAAUCUAAGCAUUUAUACAAAUAUUACUGCCUCAUCACCUUUUAUUGAAACAGAUUUAAAUUUAUCGCCAAUACAAAUGUCUAUAUUUAUCAAAGGUCUUAAAUAUAUUCCACCAUGUCAAAGUCGAUUCUCACGUCGAUCUAUUGAUGAUAUUGUCAAUGAACAAUAUAAAACAUUACGUUCAAUUGUUCAAGGUUGUCUUGAUGAUCAUCGUGUGCAGCUUAUAGAACCACGUGAGAAAGAAGGUUUUCCUUGCUUGAAACGUAUACUCUACGAACUUCAAUCAAAAAAAUGA